AUGAGAGGGAGAGGGAGACGUUACAGACCUAGGCCAUGGGAAUUUAAACGGAAAGGGGAUACAUUACAUAACCAAAAAUCUAAAAUUACUGAAGAUCCAAAAGGAGCAGAAUCUAAUUCUCAACAGGUUAUUGCCAGGCGCUAUAGCAAUUUUAUUGCAUUAGAACUGGAUAUGGUGUCUAUAGCCACUUGUCAUGGCAGCACGCGCAUAUUCGAUGUGGGUUUGAUUGGUGGUCAGAGUGUAGUCGUGUUUCAGGAUGAUGAAUGGAAAGACUUUUAUGAUUAUUAUUGCGGCGCUAAACGCUGUGAACGCGUACUUUUCACGUACAAAGGACCAUAUAGUUUUGCUGCCUCUGUCUUUGAUGGUAAUGGAAUGGAGUUAUUUGGUUUAGAUGGCAUGUCUGAUCUUGGUACUAGUGAUGAUGACUUGCCCUGCACAUUUCUGCCUACCAUUAAACACAACAACUUCGAAUCUGUUUUCGAUGAUGACGUUUUGUUGACUGGAAAAUUGCCCAUCCCUAGCAGUUUCGUCCACUGGCAUACCUUACAGAACAAAACCGCUGCCUCUGUCACCUACAGAGACACUCAUGUCAUGAUGGAGUUGGAACCGGAUGGUGAUGAUAUACUCUAG